AUGGGAAUGGGUGUUUGGAUUUUGUUAUUUUCAAUUGUUUCCCUUAUGAGCAAGUUGUCUCUUGCUCUUUCUCCAGAUGGAGUGGCAUUGUUGGAACUAAAGAGCAGUUUGAAUGACAGUAAGAACUUGUUGAGUAACUGGAUAGAUUCUGAUACAUCUCCAUGUCACUGGACUGGUAUUUCUUGCAGCCCUCAGGACCACAGGGUUAUAUCUAUAAACUUGCCUUACAUGGAACUUGGAGGAAAUGUAUCCCCCAGCAUUGGUAGACUAAAUAGAUUGCAAAGACUGGCACUUCACCAGAACAGCCUCCAUGGUUUUAUUCCAAAUGAUAUUGCCAAAUGUUCUGAACUGAGAGCCCUGUACUUGAGGGCUAACUAUUUUCAAGGAGGCAUACCAUCAGAUAUUGGAAACCUUUCUCAAUUAACCAUAUUGGAUUUGUCAAGCAAUUCACUCAAGGGUGCUAUACCUUCUUCACUCUGUCGUCUAAAACAUCUACGAUAUUUAAAUUUGUCUACAAAUUUCUUGUCGGUACCCUCUAAGAGGUCAUCCCGCUAUAUCAAAGGAGCAGUAAUUGGUGCAAUGUCCACAUUGGGUUUUGCAUUUAUUUUGCUCCUUGUUUUUCUGUGGAUACGGUUGCUGACCAAGAAAGAAAGGGCUGCAAAAAGAUACACAGAAGUAAAGAAACAAGUUCAUCAACAACCAAGUGCCAAGCUCAUCACAUUUCAUGGCGAUCUUCCAUAUCCUUCUUGUGAACUGGUAGAAAAGAUUGAAUCCCUUAACGAGGAGGAUGUUGUUGGGGCUGGAGGAUUUGGUACUGUAUAUAGAAUGGUUAUGAAUGAUUGUGGGACGUUUGCUGUUAAGAAGAUUGACUGGAGUCGUGAAGGUUGUGAUGAAGCCUUUGAGAGAGAGUUGGAGAUCUUGGGUAGCAUCAAGCACAUAAAUCUUGUCAAUCUUAGAGGAUACUGCAAGCUUCCCACGGCCAAGCUUCUUAUCUAUGAUUACUUAGCUAUGGGCAGCUUGGAUGAUUUAUUGCAUGAACGUGUAGAUGAUUGGACCUUGAAUUGGAAAGCUCGUUUAAGAAUAGCUUUUGGAUCUGCUAAGGGAUUGGCAUACCUACACCAUGACUGCUGUCCAAAGAUUGUUCAUCGUGAUAUAAAAUCUAGCAACAUACUCCUUGAUGAGAACCUUGAGCCUCGCGUUUCAGACUUUGGCCUUGCCAAACUAUUGGUUGAUGAGGAUGCUCAUGUCACAACUGUAGUUGCAGGCACAUUUGGCUAUUUGGCUCCAGAAUACUUGCAGAGUGGAAGAGCAACUGAGAAGUCAGAUGUAUAUAGCUUUGGGGUUCUACUGUUAGAACUUGUAACUGGAAAGAGACCGACUGAUCCAUCUUUUGUAAAACGAGGACUAAAUGUCGUUGGUUGGAUGAAUACUGUACUGAAGGAGAAUUGGAUGGAGGAUGUCGUGGACAAAAAAUGUCGGAAUGCUGAUGUGGAGACUGUAGAAGCAAUUGUAGAAAUAGCAACAAGAUGCGCCGAUGCAAAUCCGGACAAUCGUCCUACAAUGGAACAAGUACUUCAAUUUUUGGAGCAAGAGGUCAUGUUGCCUUGCCCUAGUGACUUCUACGAGUCUCAUUCAGAUAAAUCUUGA